CUCACAUGACAGCUUCGGAACACAUGAUUUCCACAGACGUCAAUAGUUCGAUGUUUCAUAGUGAAUUUAUGUUUUUAAAUGUGAUCUGUUAGUUUAUCUCCAAAAUGACUAUUGCGGAUACUUGGGAUCAAAGAAUAUCUGCCUUUCUGCUGAGUCCAUCUCAGUUUUUGGCCACCACCACCUCUGAGAGCUUCUUGGCUGAAGUUCUACACGAACUGCGGAAUGAUAAGGCCAAUGACCAACUCAAGAUCCUCCUCGUGUCUAUGUUACUGGAGCAUCCAACCAUCCUCUGCCCUUCUUCCACUGUGGGAGAAGAAACAGCCCUUGAACUACUGUCAGUCUUCUCUCACACGCCCCAGAAAUCCAUCAUCCUCAAGUGCAAUGUCAUGCUGGCCAUCACCAACGUGAUAAUAUGCACAUCCUGCCUGGCUACCCACACAAAGAUGGCUGAAGACUGGCUGGACCUGCUAUUUCAAACAAUCCAGGACACCAACGACUACAGAUGUGGCGUUUCCCAGCAGCCAUUAAGGGCCACCGCUUGUGAUUGCCUGCGAGAAAUGGAAACUUGUAACCCUGGUCUUCUCUCUCAAAAGCUAGAGGCCUUAUAUCUUCUGAAACAGCAAGAAACCACAGUUCUGCAUCAGUCCUACUGUAUGCUUUACACACUUGGGCUGAAGAAUGCCAUAAAGAUCUUGGCGAACCAAAAAGACGUCACUGAUUUAGAGUUCAAGAGCAUCCUAGGAGGAAAUGAGGGGUUUGCAUGGAAAACCAAUCAGUUGGGAUUGACCUCUUUGCCCAUAAACAUGAUGGUCCAAGUUCCACACUUACCACCGGGAUUGGAUUGUAAAGAACUCAAAUCAAUAAUGUCUUCACUCCUGGAGGAGUCUUAUUUGCUGACGCCUAUUUCCCAGUCUGCCUUACUUAGGGAGCUCGUAGAAGUUGUCGCAAUGGUUCCCGGACUCUCUCCAACGUUAUUUAAAUCGCAGCUUCUGCGACUUUUCGGAACAGCGGACGUUUCGCUCAUGCAUGCCACGCUCUUUAUGAAGGACACGUUCACAGACAGCCUCUUCACUGGAGAGGAUGAGAACUUUCUGCUUAAGCGUCUCGUAAGCACAGCCCAGCAUCCGCUCUUAAGAAUUCCCGAAAAGCUCUUCUACAUGGAAUGCAUCUUGCAUUUCCCUGAGAACCGCCCCAUAUCCAGUUGCGGAGAAGAGAGUUUACCCGUCCUGGUUACACCACGUCUAGCGGCAUCUCUCCAUCCAACGGUUUUCAAUGAUAGUGCUACUAUGCUCUGCAGGCUGAACCUUCUUUGUCUGGUCCACCUUGAAGCAGACGAGGGCGAAGCGGAUAAAGGAAUCGACUACCUGUUUGAUCACAUAAUGGCUCUUUUGAAAAUCGUAGACAAUGACAGUAGCAGAGAAGUGGUGGUGACCUCUUUCAGAGCGUUGUUUAUUUUCCUCAUGCACUUCAAUGGCAUUGAACAACUCCCCGAGAAGUUGAUCGAGAGAUUAUGCGAUAUGUAUUCCAGACAUUCGAGACUCGCUCCGAAUUUGAUAGGCCUCGCAGAUCGCAUCCAGGAGCAUCUGGACGACCCAGUCUGGUCGGUGAAGUUGUUGAGAGGCCUUCAGAAAUGCAUUAUGGAAAUGCCUCCGUUGCAGUUGACGAUUCACAACUUGAGUUGGCACCUCAAAGUCUUGAGAAGAGUAGCUAAAGAGGGGCAGAUCACCCAGAAGAACACCAUUUAUCUUCUUCUCAAUGUUCUCAUCAACUCAAACUUAUGUGAAAGAGGCAACUGGCAGGUUGGAAAUGCAGUUCUGGCUGUUUGCCGCAAUCUUUUGGAGCAUCCCUCUAUCGAUCAAACGUUUAUCGAGUUGGCUGAUCUUUUGCAAUACAUAUCGGUGCAUUACGACGACACGGAUAUUAAGGAUCACGCUCGUUUCUACUACACAUUGCUAACUAACCUAUCAUGGGAAAAGCUGACAGGGGUUCUCGUCAAAGGACUUAACGGAGGACGUACCAAAGAAAGGUCGCAUUCUGCGAUUAUGGCCGAGAGCGAGGGGAUCGCCAGUAACCUGACCGUGCAUAAAACCAACCGGCAUGUUUUACAACUCAUAAAGGUGCAUGAAAAAGCCUUCCAGAGCUCUUUGGAAAGUUCAGAGCCGUUGGAGACAAUGGAAGAGGCUAGGAAUUGGAUGGAGGUUUAUCAAGGACAGUUUCAGACUCCUGGAUUUGGCUCUGAGGUCAUCUUGAGGUACAAUCUGACUCAUGCGAAAGAAUCCGAUCCUUUAUUCAAUGAAGUCUUCACAAUCUGUCUGCAUUUUGAGCUGAGAGACUCAAACUACGCAAAGGUAAAUGACAUACAUGUACCAUGUGUGUUCAAAGACAGAAAGCCACCUGCGGUCAAAGUCAAGCUCAAGCCUUUUCAACCCUACCCUACUACUUUACGCUUAAGUGCCAUAUUUACCACUCGAGAUGGACGUUCUUGGCACAGCCAAUUGCCUGACGUGAGCGUUUCAUUCCCUGAGAUAUUCCUCCCUCUGCCUUUACCGCCAAACACACCCUGUGAAUGCAAAGAGCAAGUGUUUGACAGCAUCUGGGAGGCUGCCGCCUCUGGGAAUCCUGACAAAUCUGCUACUAGUCUGUUCUGUUUCAAAACUGGAGAUGAAAGUCUUACUACUCUGAUUGAGACACAUUUUCAGGGUUACCUUAUUACGGAUCAGCCGAUCGAAAGAUCGUGGAAAGUCUUGUUCUUUCUUCCACCCAUGUGCCAUGUGCUUUUGAAGAUUACACAGGCUGAGGAUGCCGUUCAGGUCAGCAUUGCAACGGACAACUGGGAGCUGUUACCCUUUGUGAACUCUUACCUCCAAAACAUUACUGAUCAUUGUAGCGCAACUGUAAAAGAUGGCUAAAUGGAUGUUAAUAUGCAUAGUUGAUUUUAACCAAUUAGAUUUAUUUCCAUUACUUCCUUUUUUGAUAUAACACCAUGUGUUUGUAUAUGAAAUCUCUGACUAACAUGUUUAAUAAAAUAUAUA